UUCUACUCAUUGAGACAAAACGGAUACAUUAGGUUUAUCAUGAGAAAUUUACAUAAUGUGCACCCUAUUUGGAUUUAUAUGCUUAAACUUUGAAAAUAAUUUGUUGUGAGACAACUUGUUUGUAUAAUCUUGUUUCGGUGGCAGAAUUUUAAACUCAGCAUGACUAAAAUACGGGCGUCAAAGCUACGUAAUAAACCAGAGCCUGAACUACAGAAGCAACUUGGAGAGCUUAAGACGGAACUUGGCAAUCUUCGUUUGUAUCGGGUAACGAGAGGCGCAUCCUAUCAUGGAAAAUUGAAGAAAAUCCGGACACUAAGAAAGUCCAUUGCCCGUGUAUAUACAGUUAUUCAUCAAGCGCAAAAACUUCGCCAACGUGAAGCUUAUCGUUCCAAGAAAUACGUUCCCAAAGAUUUGAGACCAAAGAAGACCAGAGCAAUACGCAGAAGACUUAGUAAGAAAGAGCAGUCAAUUCAUUCUGCGCGUUCAAUGCGCAAGGCACGUGCCUUCCCUCCACGUGUAUUUGCUGUUAAGUGCUAAGUAAUAAAAGUUUUGGUCAAAAUCGGAUCAUAAAAGUGCUGUUUGAUUUUACCUAAGUUCCUUAUAUCCUGGACGCUAAAUUCGUUAUCAUAAACGCUGUUGUAGUUUGCUAUGUGUCGGCUGCAUAUAAACUUGUACUGACUUGUUAUAUCUAUGCUCAUAAGUACCAUCCCUUACAUAUAUAUAUAUAUAUAUAUAU